CGUCUCUCUCUGUGUGUGUGUCUCGUACGAGCAAUUUUCAAAGUCUCCGCGUCGGCUGCUUUCACACUUUCUGAUUGAUCCAUCUCUCUCUCUGUCCCUCAUCCAUCGAAUUUUCUUGUGUUUUUCCCUUUUCCUACUAGUUAGAGCUCUUCCUCGACCUGGUUCGUGUCGUUCAGAAAAACAUCUCGCCACGAGACUCACACUCUCGCCGUCUCUUUUUCUCUCACUCUCGCACUGCUGCUCCCGCAGAGCCGCUUUCUCUAAAACACCAUGCCUCGAAUCACUCUCCAGUGUUGUCGAGACCGUUUCAGGUCGAGAUGAACUGUCUCAUUCUAAACCUCGACACCAAAACACGAACCUCACACUUUUCCUUGGUCGAAACAAUAUACAUCCUCUUUUACCUCCCCCACAAGUGAGCUUCAUUGUCUGGUUCUGCGGCUCGGACGACCAUCUUCCUCUCCAGCUGGAUCAGCUCUACCGUAUCUUCCAUCGGUACCAUCACUCCAUACCGGCAAAAUGUUCCUCUAGACGCGUCGAAGACGCUUUUCUUUAAACCUUUCGUCUUCUUGGGUCCAGUUCAGAAACGAACUCUCAGGUCCUCACCACCAUCCUCGACACCAUCUCCGCCCACACAUCCACAAAACUUGUCUCUCGAGGACCUUUUCCCUUCUCAUAUAUAUCUCCUUCCAGCCUUCUUUUCGUCGGUCUUGAAUUUCCUCCUAACAAAAUUCACACAUCGUCACCCGAGUCGAAAUUCGCCGUAAACCGUCACCUUGAUUACAACAAGUUUUCAAACGGCUUCUUACGAUAACAAAGAAGCCACCACACCGAAAAUGUCGGUCCAAACCCAAGAUCUACAGGAAGUGCGUGCCAGUGUGGAAGCUGCUGCGGAUUCUCUCGCGGCUCUUGACGUCUCUUCAACCCCCAUCAGCAAUCAGGACGACAAAUCCCAGCCGCCAACCCCAGAUGGAUCGGGACGCCCAGCCAAUUUCCAAGUCAUUGCCCCCGGCCUAUUCAGAUCCAGCUACCCUCUGUACGCCCACUUCGACACCCUGUCGGAUCUCGAGUUGAAGACCAUCAUCACCCUGGUUUCUUCGCCCAUCCCGUUCGACUAUGCCAACUUCAUCACGUCCAACGGCAUCACCCACUACCAGAUCCCCAUCCAGGCCAACAAGGACCCCAAGGUCUACAGCCCGGACGGAACCGUCAACAAGGUGCUGAACCUGAUCCUCGACCCGUCCAACUACCCGAUGCUCAUCCACUGCAACAAGGGCCGCCACCGCACCGGGACCAUGGUCGCCUGCUUCCGCAAAGUCACCGGCUGGACCUUGGAGGAUUGCAUCGAAGAGUACGAACGCUAUUCCAAGCCAAAGGACCGGCCCUUGGACAAGAUCUUCAUCGAACGUUACGACGCCAACACCUUGAAAGCCCUCGCCCUCGAAAGAGGCUACGUCGGCGGCAUUUGGCGAGCACCGGUGCGAUCCUCCACCAAAUCGUCCGUCUACACCAACAAUACCCUCGAGACUGCCACCACGAGCGACGACUCCGAGUGCCCCCCGAACGACUACCAAGAGCGGGUCAAGAAAGAGAAUGACGCCAUCCUCGAAUCCGCCAGACGCUGGUCGUACAAGUGACCGUUCCGUCGUUGGCAUCAGGUACCGGGUGUACACGACAACAACAACAAACAACAACAACAAUUGACAUACGAAGAACAACAACAACAACAACAUUGCACGGCUGCACCGGAUCGAUUCAUUAUCACAUCAAUCCUUGGCUCUGUCAAACCCAGAGCAUCCAUCGGAACAGCAGGCCAAAUGCGAUGAAUACAGUAGGGGGGAGGACAUGGAGGUAACAUCGGAGAGUUGGAUCGGUGUGGCCAGAAGAGUUUUGAACACAGAAGGACCAGGGAGUGAACAGCUUCGAGAGACAGAGUAUAGUCAUGGGUAUGGGUGGGUCACGAGAACUGAAAGAAAUUCGGUCUGGUUUACCCGCCAGAGAGUGGUUCCUGUCGAACUGAAGCUGGAGAGAGUUCUGCUUGGUCUCGAUCGGAAAUGCGGUGGCAGCGAGUAAGGAAAGAGGGAAGAAGAAAAGGACAAAGGCAUGUUAUUUGCAUGCUCUUUUGCAGCUCCUUUUCCUUUGGCAUUUUUGUAUUUUUUUUUGUCUUUUUUUUUGCAUCUUGUGAAAGGGCAGGGCAAAGGCUUUGGAAAAUGCAUCAUGCAUGACACCUUCCAAAGGUGAUGUGGCUUAUAUUGUGUUUUUUUUUUAAAUUUGGCACAACAUAGGUACUUGUAAGAUACGGGUAUAGCCACUUGGGUAGGCAAGUACUUGGGGGCAGGCAAUGAUCUGUCUCGUGAAUGCAAAAGGAAAGAAAAUUUCAACUCUG